AUGAGUGCUAGCAUUUUAUUAUUGAUUUCUCUCAGCUUUGUGCUUAUCAGCUCUCAGACAUGUGACGAGCACAUAUGUAGCAAGAAACAGAAGUAUUUUCCUUCAAAUUCUGCCUAUAACUUUACACAUAGCCCAUUGCCUUACCCACAAGAUUUUCUUCAGCCGAUCCUGAGUUCUGAUAUUUUAUUAUCGCAUCAAGGGAAUCUCCACAAAGAAAUAGUCCAAUCCCUGAAUGACUAUAUCAAACUAAAUCCUGAGCUUCAUCAUAAAAGUUUGGCUGAUUUACAAUUAUCAGCUUAUACUGACAAAGAUCUCCAAAAUUACGCAGGCGGGCAUUAUAACCAUUUACUUUAUUGGUGGAUGCUGACAAACCCACAGUGCUCGUCAGAAAAGCCAAGUGGGGUGUUAUUGGAACAAAUUGUGAGCCAGUGGGGAAAUUGGACUAAGUUUCAGAUUGAGUUUAUGGCAAAGUCGACUGGACUAUUUGGGUCAGGAUGGAUUUGGCUUUGUGUGAAUCAGGGAAAACAGAUUGAGAUAAGGACGACAAAACUUAAUAUAAACCCACUGAUGGGGAUUGAUGGAGAAAAAUGCUACCCUUUUUUAGUAAAUGAUGUAUGGGAGCAUUCUUAUUAUAAGAUUUUAAAUAGGAAUAAAAUAUCUUAAGAGAUAAUAAGGGUUUAUUUUGCUCGAAAUAGGGUAUUAAGCUGAUAAGACUAUAAAAAAUAAGGCAAAUUUUAUUAGAAUUGUAUAUCUAGAAUAUUUGUGGAAUCGAGCUUCUUAUGUCAAUAAGUUUUGGAAUAUCCUUGACUGGAAUACUAUUGAAUUUCUAUAUCAAAAUUAUGCAUCAAAUCUUCAAGCAGUUCCAUUUUAA